CCAAAAACACCAGCAAACAGCAGGAAAACCACAUUCGUUUGAAGGCUGCUCCUUGCAAGUUGCAACAACUGAACUCGAGGCACCUUGCUCAUCGACAUACACGUUCUUGCCGGUUCAGUCUUCUAGACGAAGUCGACCAACUUCCAUCUCGUUUUACUAGUUCUCGUUCAUUGCUAAGCUUCACAAUGGACGGUGAUGAUGAAAAGACUCAAAUGCUCAAGAAGGCCUUCGCCAUGUUCGAUCAGGGCAAAACUGGGUUUAUUGAAACAAAUCGAGUAGCAGCUAUCUUGAACACCAUGGGGCAGCAAUUCGACGCCAACGAGUUGGCAGUUACCAUUGAAGAAACCGACAAAGACAAGACUGGAAAACUGACGUUUGAAGCUUUUUAUUCUAUCGCUGCCAACUUCUUGGAAGAUGAAGACGAUGAAGCCAUGCAGAAUGAGCUGAAAGAAGCUUUCCGUCUUUACGACAAAGAAGGUAACGGUUACAUUACGACAGCUGUUUUGCGAGAAAUUUUGGGCGCCUUAGACGAUAAGUUAACCUCAGACGAUUUAGAUGGCAUCAUUGAGGAGAUCGAUGAGGAUGGUUCCGGAACUAUUGAUUUUGAUGAAUUCAUGGAGAUGAUGACUGGAUAAAUUUUGAACAUCCUACUUUAAAACUCUUUCACCCCUAGAUAUAGAGCUUUGUAUCUUUAUUACCAUUUCAUUUCAAAUUGACCUUUUGCCUUAUACUGAACUGAUGAUUCCCAGUAAAUAGAGCUGUUCUUUUAAUCUUGAA